CUGUCCACUGUAGUGACCACUAUGAGUUCGUGCAGCAGCCGUGCGUUGACCAUCCUGUCCACAGUGUUCGGGGCCUGCGGGCUGCUGCUGGUGGGGGUGGCCGUGUCCACCGACUACUGGCUCAUCAUGGUGGAGGGGGUCAUCCUGCAGCACAACCAGAGCAUGGAGGUCAAGAUGGCAUUGCAUUCAGGCCUGUGGAGGGUCUGCUUCGUGGCCGGGGCUGAAAAUGGAAGAUGUGUAGCAUCGGAGUACUUCACUGAACCAGACAUCGAGAUCACCACUGAAAAUACUGCAAACAUCCUCAAGAUGGUACGCACAGCGACACCAUUCCCAAUGGUCUCGCUGCUCUUCGUCUUCACCGCCUUUGUCAUCAGCAACAUCGGUCACAUCCAGCCUCAGCGUACCAUCCUCGCCUUCGUCUCGGGGAUCUUCUUUAUCCUUUCAGGCUUGAGCCUAGUGGUGGGCCUUGUGCUCUACAUCUCCAGCAUCAACGACGAGGUGAUGAAUCGACCCAGAGAACCUGAACAGUUCUUCAACUACCACUACGGGUGGUCUUUCGCCUUCGCCGCCUCCUCCUUCCUGCUGAAAGAGGGCGCAGGGGUGCUCUCCGUCUACCUUUUCAUGAAGCGCUACGCAGAGGAGGAGAUGUACCGCCCUCACCCGGCGCUCUACCGCCCCCGCCUGUCUGACAGCAGCGACUACAGCGGUCAGUUCCUCCACCCUGAGUCAUCAUGGCCGCCGCCCAAACGAGGCCGCAGCACGUCCGAGGCGUCCAGCGACAUCUCCAUCCAACUCAACCGGCCACCGCCUCCCCCGCCCAAGAGUGGCGGCGCCCACAUGGGGGGCCAGGGCAACCCAAAUCCCCCACCAUCUGCCGGGUACCCGACACACAGCCUGCCCAGGUCGCACUCGCCGCAUCCCCAAGGCCAGGCCCUGUCUAUGGCCGCUCCACCUCCGGCUGUACCCCCACCACACUACCACACGCACAUGCAUGCAAGCGCUUCCCCUUGUUAG